GCUGUAGAUAUGAAUGAAUGUUAGUGGGAUUUCGUUUUCGUUUCUUGGACGGCUUACAUUGCAUACGCAUAUGCAUACAUUUGUGACACAAGGGUUGGUGGGUAGAGUGGGUGAGUGUGGGUGGGGUGUGGUUGAUUGAUCGAUAAAAAAGCAAGACUAUUAUUUAGUUUCCCAGUGGAUCCCAGUGUGGAUCCACGACAUUUUUCUCUGCCUUUGAGAUCGUGAGAAUGUGGUCGGCCCCUCAAUCAAAGUGACAUAAUGUCAUUCUGUCUACUUCAGAUGCUGUAAAUUGGACGCGUAGGGGCCUGAUAAAACUAAGCUGACCGUGAAAGGAUGAAUAUGUCGACACUACUCUAUUAUGAAAAAUAUCACAGCACUAAGACGUAGUUAACAACCUACCUUAUUAUAAAAGACGAGCAUAAUCCCACAUAUAAAUGUAGUAAAACAAGCUAUGAUGUUUUAUUUUAUUGUAAUGAAAAUCAAAUUUGAGACAUUUUCUAACGAAAUGUAGAAAAUAAUACUCACUCUGGCUUUUUGUUUAGUAAGGCAAGUAAGGCCACGACAAAUAUAAGGUUAAUGACAUGCUUUCUUUCUUCAAUUUUGUCUCUCGCGGGGGCCUUGCUGCCGCCUUGGGAUUACCCGCCCAGCCAAGUAAGUUGCACAAGAAAACAGAACAGCAGCAACUCCCUCCUCAUUUCCUAAGAGUAAGAAGCCGCAGCUUCUCUUCUCUUGCACUCAGGUAUUUCUCUGAUUUUCUUUAUCUCGUCAUCUGCAUUCAUUAGUUUUUGUUGAGCAUUGAGCUCUCUGCUUUGUUGAUGCCAUGCUAUUGACAGGCAGUCUGUGUUUAAGUGGGAAGUCAAGGCUUUUUUUCUCGGUAUAAAACUAACCCAGAGAUCUUUCUAUUUCUGGAUUUUAUUUCUUUGAAGAUUACAUGGGCUUUCAUGUUUUUUUUUUUUUUUUUUUUAUAUAUAUUCUUUAUCCUGAUUUGGUUAAAACUAAACCAAAUGUUCAGUGUGUUUUCUGGUUUUGCAUUUUUCUUUUCAAAGUUCUGGCCUUUUCUUUUGUAAUUUUUAUUUAUUUAUAAUUUUUACUUGGGGUUUGUUUUCUCCAUUUGAUAUACUGGCAAUAUGCUCUAUUUCUUUUUCCUGUUGUAUAAAAAUAUCUGAUAUGAUAUUAGUUACAUUCUCGUCAUGGUUUUAUUUCUACACUGAUGCUUAUUUUUAUUGAGGUAUACGUUUAAAAGCCACAAGCUUCGUGCAGAUGAUCAGAUUUUGAUUCUCAAUGCAUUACACUAAUCACAUUUAUCAAUUCUAGAUAUUAUAAUGAUUCGGUUUAUCACAUGAUAGUUAUCUUUAAAUUUGGAUUUUAUCCCCAAAAAAACUACAAUAGAAGGAAUUAGGGAAUUAUGAGGUUUCUAUUUCAUUUAUGGAACUGUAAAAUGUUUGUUUCUUUAGUGGAGUGUUUUGCUAAAAGAUACUUGGGGAGAGCCACAACCUCGACUAACCUUCUAAGAAAGAAUUGUGGACACGCAGUUUAAGUUUUCUCAAAUAUUGCCAGUACUUCAGGCAUUUGAACGCUUAGUGCAUAUUUUGUGUAUCUGCACUUUACUGCACUUGGAAAUUUCGAAUAUCAUGUAGAAGUAUUUUUUUUUUUUUUUUAGAACGGUUAUUAGUAUGUAAAAUGUUUUUUCUCAUAAUUAUUAUUAUUUAUUGGUAUUUCUAGUUUGUUGUAUGUAACAACAACAUCGCUUGCCAACAAGCUCAAGAUUCACGUUAUUAGCCUGACUAAUGCUUUCUUUCAUAGUUUUGCAUUUCUUAGUUUCUUUAUAUGUGCCUAGCUUUGAAGUUUGGAGCUUUAAAGAUUAGAAAAUUUGCUUGAUUCCAGUGUUUGGUGUAGUUACCAAUGGUGUUGAGGAGCCCAAGAGCCUGCAUGUCUCUUCCUUCACCUUCUCAGUGGAAAUAUGAUGUGUUUUUAAGUUUUAGAGGUGAAGACACCCGCAUAGGUUUCACAGACCAUUUAUAUGACAAACUGGAGUGGCAAACAAUCAAAACCUUCAGGGACAAUGAAGAACUUCAGAGAGGUAAAACUAUUGCUCCAGAGCUUUUGACCGCGAUUGAACAAUCAAGGUUUGCCAUUGUUGUUCUCUCGCCGAAUUAUGCUUCUUCCUCUUGGUGCUUGGAUGAAAUUACAAAGAUUGUUGAAUGCAUGGAAACGAGGGGUACAAUUUUGCCAAUUUUUUAUCACGUGGAUCCAUCCGACGUACGCAAACAAAUGGGUAGCUUUGCAGAAGCCUUCACUAAACAUGAAGAAAUUUUUUGGAAAGACAUGGCAAAGGUGAGGCAAUGGAGAGAAGCUUUAUUCAAAGUGGCUAAUUUCAGUGGGUGGACUUCUAAGGAUAGGUAUGAAACAGAGCUUAUCAAAGAAAUUGUGGAAGUAGUAUGGAAUAAAGUGCAUCCCACAUUGUUAGGUUCCGCCAAGAACUUGGUUGGAGUUGAUUUUAGAGUAAAGGAAAUAAAUUUGCUUUUAGAUGCUGAGGCAAAUGAUGUUCGCUUUAUAGGGAUAUGGGGGAUGGGUGGGAUGGGUAAGACAACCAUUGCUAGGUUGGUUUACGAGAGAGUUUUCCAUAAUUUUGAAGUUAGCAGCUUUCUUGCAAAUGUAAGAGAGGUUUCUGCAAAACAUGGUCUAGUUCAUCUACAAAAAGAACUUCUUUCCCAUAUCUUGAAGAAAGAAAGUACAAAUGUUUGGGAUGUUUACAGUGGAACCAGUAUGAUCAAGAACUAUUUAUGCAAUAAAAAGGUUCUUCUCAUUCUUGAUGAUGUCGACGAAUUAAACCAACUGCAAAUAUUACUUGGGGAGAAACACUGGUUUGGUUUGGGGAGCAGAAUCAUCAUUACAACUAGAGAUCAACAUUUGCUGGUCACACAUGGUGUAGAAAAAUCAUAUGAGCUUGAGGGAUUAAAUGAAGUUGACGCCCUGCAGCUCUUUAGCUGGAACGCCUUUAAAAAAGACCAUCCUGAAGAGGAUUAUUUGGAACUGUCCAAGUGCUUCAUGGAAUAUGCUGGAGGCCUUCCAUUAGCUCUUACAACCUUGGGAUCCUUUUUGUAUAAAAGAAGCCGAGAUGCAUGGACUAGUGCAUUGGAUAAACUAAAGAAAGCUCCUAACAGAACAAUUUUUGGAACACUCAAAAUGAGUUAUGAUGGACUAGAUGAGAUAGAGAAAAGAAUUUUUCUCGAUGUUGCAUGUUUCCUUAAGGGAUAUAACAAAGAGCGAACAAUUGAAGUACUAGAUAGUUAUGGCUUUUGCCCUCGUAUUACAGUAGAUGUUCUUGCUGAGAAAUCUCUUUUAACUAUUUCAGACAACCAUGUGUGCAUGCAUGAUUUGAUACAGGAAAUGGGACGUGAAAUUGUUCGUCAAGAGUCUUAUGAAGAACCUGGUCAACGUAGUCGAUUAUGGCAUCGUGACGACAUCCUAAAUGUAUUUACGAAGAAUAGAGGAACAAAGACAAUUGAAGGGAUAGUCUUACACUUGCCUGAAUUGGAAGAGGCACAUUGGAAUCCAGAAGCCUUCUCUAAGAUGUCUAAGCUAAGUUGGUAUCCUUCAAAAUUUCUCCCACCAACUUUUCAGCCAGAUGCAAUUUCUGAACUUAAUUUGCGUCAUAGCAAAAUUAAUCGUCUUUGGAAUGGAUCAAAGUACUUGGGAAAGUUGAAAUAUAUCGAUCUUAGUUACUCCCAAAGCUUGACCAUGACCCCAGAUUUCACAGGUAUUCAAAAUCUUGAGAGGUUGGUGCUUGAAGGUUGUACAAGUUUAGUUGAGAUUCAUUCAUCCAUUUCAGUUCUGAAACGGCUUAAAAUUUUGAAUUUAAAAAAUUGUGAAAGUCUUAAAAGUCUUCCAAGUGAGGUAGAAAUGGAAUCUCUCGAAGUUUUUAUCCUUUCUGGUUGCUCAAAAGUAAAAGGGAUUCCAGAAUUUGUGGGACAGAUGGAAAAAUUAUCAAAGCUUUCUUUAGAUGGGACUAGUAUUAAGAAAAUACCUUCAUCAAUUGAACGUCUUAUUGGCCUUAUUUCACUGGAUCUUAGAGAUUGUAAAAGUCUCAUAUGCCUUCCCAGUGUCAUCUGUGGUUUGAAGUCUCUUCAAAACCUCAACAUGUCUGGAUGCUCAUUACUUGGAAACCUACCGGAAAACUUGGGGGAAAUUGAGUGUUUGGAGGAACUUGAUCUAAGUGGAACUGCUAUAGGAGAGCCACCAUCCUCCCUUGCUCUGAUGAAAAAUCUCAAAGUGUUAUCCUUUCGUGGAUGUAAAGGGCAACCGCCUAAAUCAUGGCAUUCGUUCCUCCCUUUUGAAUUUUUUGCAGGAAAGAGUUCUGGUCCUAGGGGUUUGGUGUUGGCUUCUUUAAAAGGUUUCUGCUCUUUGAAGAAAUUAGAUCUAAGUGACUGCAAUCUUUGUGAAGGAGGAAUCCCUGAUGAUAUUGGAUGUAUGUCCUCCUUAGAAGAAUUAAGUUUAAGUAGAAACAAUUUUGUUAGCUUGCCUGCAAGCCUUAGAUGUCUCUCUAAGCUUUGGGAGUUAAACUUGGAAAGCUGCAAAAGUCUUCAGCAGUUGCCAGACCUUCCAUCAAAUAGGACUUUACAUGUAAAAGCAGAUGAUUGUACUUCGUUAAAAAUAUUGCCGGAUCCACCCAUGUUGAGCAGUUUAUAUAAGUACUUUUUCAGAGCUGUCAAUGGCUUCAGAUUGGUUGAAAACAAUGAAGGCUGCAAUAACAUAGCAUUUUUAAUGCUACAGAAAUUCCGUCAGGGAGUCCGUCAUUCUGUUCUCAAAUUCGACAUUGUCAUUCCUGGAAGUGAAAUUCCUGAUUGGUUCAGUAAUCAAACUGUAGGAGAUUCAUUAAUGGUGGAGCGGCCUCUGCAUUUAUGUAAUAGCAAGUGGAUGGGGUUUGUUUUAUGUGCUGUUUUUGGAGCUCAAGAAAAUCCAGAUCUUCUUGAAUUUGAUUAUUUUGGACGCCAUCCAUGUGGAAUUUUAUGUUAUUUGGAAAUAGCGGGAUCAUAUCAAUUUUCUUUUCCUAUACCUGAUGCGGUGCUGCAUCAUAGUGUUGGCCAUGUUGCAUCAGAUCACCUUUGGUUACUCUAUUUUUCUCGUAAGCACCAUCGCUAUGAGAAUUUUUUGAAGGAUAGCUGCAGUCAGGUUGAGGUUUUAUUCAAACCCUUUUGUAGUGUGCAAAAAAACACGUGCUUGAAGCUGAAGAAGUGCGGCAUUCAUCUGGUAUAUGGGGAAGAUGUGGAAGAGCUCAACCGAAAAAUGAACCAAUCUAACAGCAGCAUUUCUCUUUACAACGCAAUGGAUGUCCCCUGUUGUUAUUCUGAAAAAUCAUCAGAUGCAGAAGGCGCUGUUGUUAAGCGAACACGCAAACAUUGUGAUGAGGAGGAACCAAGUGCAAUUGGUAGCUCUGAGUCUGACAAGGAAUCACUCCGCAAAAGAUUGAAAGAAGACUAGUUGGUCUUGUGGCAUCUUCACUAGUCCAGUUCCUCGAAACAGUACUUGAAAGGGUUGCAUCAGAGAAGAGUGGAUUUUUUAAUUUUUUGCCUCCGGUAAUCAGCGAAUUGGUGUAUUUCAUCAAAGGAGCUGCAAAGCUGCAAUGAAGUUAUUCAAAUGAUCGGGAAAGAGAAGCGAAACAUUGGUGGUAUUAUGUGCUAUACUGUUGUGUGUUGUAAAUCUUGUUCUUCUUACACCAAUCACUUUGGAAUGAUAACACAUUCUGAUAUUCUUUAUGGUCCUUUUAAUCAGAUCUAAAUACAGGGAGGUUGGGGGAUUUCCCUCAUCUGGACCAAUGCUAUUCAAGAAUAGCAAAAAAAUGGCAAUCAAUCCAGCCAAUAAAACUUUAUACUCAACUCAAUUCUGGAGAGUCUUGGUACAGGAUCUAUAAAUUGGAUAGAUGACAGCUUUUCCAUGGUUAGUGAUGGGCAUGCUGUGAUGUAAAUUGGAACUGAAUAGUAUCUGAUGAGGAUCUGCAAGCUCAUUUUUACCCAGUUUGCUUUGGAUUUUGAAUUCUAUUUACCCAAUGUAGAUUUUGUUUGUUCUAAUGACCCGUCUCUCAUGGAUAUAGCUCAAGGGAAUGUUUAAAUUUAUACUUGAGUUGUUCAAUUUUAUUUUGGGAACCAUUACUAAUGUAUCAGAGUGUUCAAGGUCAA